GGAAUACUUUUUAACUACCCCUUCUCAGAUAUGGCGGCAGAAAACUUCAAAUUCAGUCGCACUUUGUUCAUAUCAGAGAAUGGUCACCCAGUCACGUUUUAUAUGCGACCAUGUUCCGAAAGAAAAAGGUUGAAGCCAAUGAUAGAACAUGGUGGUGGCAGUGUAUCAAGCAAACAAACCAAAACUUGCAUCAAAUUACUGGAACCAGGAGGUUCUGUGACGACGGGUGGUUUUAUCAAAUCAGAAUUUGUGCUGUGCUGUGUCAAAGAGAACAAGCUGGUUGAUAUGACCAAGUUCAGAUGUGUCCCUGGGAGAGUACCCUCUAGUGAUGAUGACUUGUCACCUGCCAGAAAUAUUAUCAGGACAAAGAGACCUGUAAAGGGGAGGCAGAAGUACACCAGAGAAGAAGACUGGAAGAUUGUGAGCUACCUGGUGCGUGAACGUCGCUAUAAUGAGGUGAAUGGCAGGAAAGUGUGGCAAGAUAUGGAACUCUUUGAGGUUUCCAUGCACCCAGGUGAGUCUAUGAGGACCCAUUACCUGAAGUUUAUCCUGCCUAACAUCAAGACGUACACUAACUUCCCCCAGCACUGGGUGGCCUUGCUGACAGGAAACACAGCAGAUGCUACUCAAGUUGACAGAUCCAAAGAGAUCCCCAAAACAUCCCUAGUUAGCAGUCCAGGGAAAUCAGCACAGGUGAGAAGUCCCAGGACAUCAGCACAGGUGGGAAGUCCCAGGACAUCAGCACAGGUGAGAAGCCCCCCAAAAGAAGUACUGGAAACUGAUGACAGCAUUGAACUCUCUCAGAGUAUUCUAAAUGAUUACACCUCAAAGACCAUAUGUACAUCACCUGGAAAAGAAUCUUCCCACUGUCAAUAUCAAACAAAACCAGGAAGCUCAAAAACAGUCAAAGAUGAAACCCUUUCCAUUCCCCCUGCAUCACUCCAAGGCCAAUCUCCUUACUUUUCUCUCAUUGUCAAUAAGAAUACACAGAACCAUUCCGACUCGUCAGAAGUAGAUGAAUUUGACAAGAACCUGCUUCAGACAGCAAUGGCUACUGCUUGUGUAGAUGAGGACAACAGGGAGCUGGAGGUUUUCCAGGAGCAGUCUGGACCACCCAAGAUCCACCCAGAGAACACCCCAUGUUCUGGGAACAGGAAAAGAACUGUCACUGGAGGAUCGACAUCAAAUCAAGAGACUGACUCGACUGAUGAUGAGGUGAGCCUCCGAAAUUCCCACCACUCGGCCAGCAGAACACCAUGCAACACAGCCUCAGACUCUAAGAAGAUGCGUGGCGGCAACUCGAGGUGGAGAUUAGAGCACUGUGACACAGAAUCACAACAGUCUCAAGAGGGAGACCACAAUGCAGCUGACCUGCUCCAGGCAGUGGAGGAGACAUGCUUCCACCUCAAGAGAUUUGGCAAGAGUUUGAGUCUUACAUUACAAGAAGUGCUGUACGCACUGUACAUCAACAGUGGCAGUGAAGAUGAUGCUUUGCACUGGAUCCGAUUUGGUGUGGACACAGAAGGGUACCCGGCCUGGAGUCAGAAGGAUGAUGAGAUAUUGCUGGGCACCGAUGAGGACAACAUGGUUGCCCUGGAGAUGAAACAUGGACCAAAGCGCUUGAUGUCCCGUAGAGCAUUCAUUGAGGGCAUAUGAGCAGAAGUUAAUUGUCAGAAAUUAUUGACCAGAAUGAAAACUGUUACAUUUCAAAAUCUUUAUUCAAAGUAUAUUUACAUAUUUUGAACAUUGAUAAAUAAUGUCAUCUUCAUGGUUAUAUUUACACAACAGGGGAAUGUACAAAUAUUUAAUUAUUCUUCUUUUUUUUUAAUGAAGGUUUUGGGCACAAAACACUUUCAUAUAUACACUUUGGCAACAUUGCAGUAUACGCUUGAAAAAGAACCCUUGUUCUUUCAUGACAAAUCUCAAAUCCCCUGAGUAAGGCCACUCAUUUUUUAAUUCUAUGCAAACAAGCGAUGAAUGGUUGAGAAAGGGUCAUGUGUAGCUGAUGAAUGGUGAACAUACAGACAUGAUUUUGUCAUUGCAAUAAAUAUGCUCUAAACGAAA